CUUUCUUGAAGACAAAGAAAUAAUACCCACUUCGGCCAAUCCUUGAGCUUUUCAAUUCAAGCCGCAGCGUUCAAUCUUUGAGAAGAAGAAGUAAACUGCCAUGGCAAGGAAGAGAAAGCUCGAAUCUGACUCCAACGAGGCUUCAGAGCCGCCGCAGAAGCAGCAGCAAUCUAAAGAAGAGGAUCAGAUUAACGGAGAUGAAGAAAUUGAACACGACGGAGUAGAGGAAGCUAAAGACAAUGGAGACAAUAAUAAUACGGCAAGUGAUCAUACGGAAGCGGCGGCGACGUCGUCAGUAUCUGGGAAUCAAGGGGAUAAGGAUGACGAAGAGCCAAUCGAGGAUCUCUUGGAGCCAUUUUCGAAGGAGCAACUCUCGAUUCUUCUCAAGGAAGCGGCGGAGAGACAUCGCGAUGUCGCCGAUCGAAUCCGGAUUGUGGCGGACGAGGAUCCUGUUCAUCGUAAAAUCUUCGUGCACGGGCUAGGUUGGGAUACUAAAGCCGACGCGCUUAUCGAAGCUUUUAAGCAGUACGGUGAGAUCGAAGACUGCAAAUCCGUCGUCGAUAAGGUCUCUGGGCAAUCCAAAGGUUACGGCUUUAUCCUCUUCAAGUCACGUUCCGGUGCUCGCAACGCUCUCAAGCAGCCGCAGAAGAAGAUCGGAACACGUAUGACGGCGUGCCAGCUGGCGUCUAUAGGACCUGUCCAAGGAAACUCCGUCGCGGCGCCUGUUCAGCAUUUCAGCCCCGAGCAUGUCCAGAGGAAGAUUUAUGUCAGUAACGUUAGCGCAGACCUCGAUCCGCAAAAACUGCUGGAGUUUUUCUCGAGAUUCGGAGAGAUUGAAGAAGGUCCUUUGGGGCUUGAUAAAGCUACUGGGAGACCAAAAGGCUUCACUUUGUUUGUAUAUAAGUCACCUGAAAGCGCUAAGAAGGCAUUGGAGGAGCCACACAAGACCUUCGAAGGCCACGUCUUGCAUUGCCACAAAGCAAACGACGGGCCAAAGCCGGUUAAUAAGCAGAAUCAGCAUUACUACAAGUCUCACAAUCACGAUUCACGCUACCAAAGGAACGAAAACUCCGGUUAUGGUGCACCUGCAGGCCAUGGACAUUUCAUAGCUGGUAAUAACCAAGCUGCGCAGGGGUUAAACCCGGCCAUUAUCACAGCUUUGCUGGCAUCUCAGGGUGCUGGAUUUGGACAGGCUUUGUUGGGGACAGCUAGUCCAGGAGCUGCAGCUGGAUUGCCAAGUGGAUAUGGUGCUCAAGCAAAUAUCACACCAGGAGUCUUUCCUGGGUAUGGUUUCCAAGCCGGUUUUCAGGGCGGUUAUCAGACUCAGCAACCUGGUCAGGGAGGUGCUGGAAGAGAGCAGCAUGGUGUAUGGUAUGGUGGUCCGUACAUGGGCCAAUAGAUGUAACUACUCAGGUAAUUUUGACUGCUGGCUUAACCGUUCAACACUUAACGCUCAACAACAUCUGACGGAGUAAACCUUUAACAAAUCCCAAUUCACUGACCAGAAUUUUAACUUCAGUUUCAGUAUAUCUGCUAUUUUUACUGACAGAGAUAAAAGUGGUGAACAUAUGAAUUAGUGGUUGUAUAGCUAAGAAUUUAAGCAAAAGUUGUUUUCUUGUUUAGGUUUAUUAGGUGUCUGCCUGAACCGGAGAAAAAAAGAUAUCAACUUGGUUUGGCUCUCUACUAAAAGUUUGAACAAGUCUUGGUUUGCAUCUUUCAAGUUUUGGGCUUGUUUUGAAAGCAGCGUUUAUUUGGGAGUCCUUAGAGUUGUGUUCGCUAGGCAAGUAAGAAUAUGUAGACUAUUUAUGUGUUUUUGUUGAAUCAUGGGAGGUCUGGAAUGUCUUUCCAAUUAAUAGGUAACUAAAGCCGUUGUUAGUAAGUAAACAUUGGCAUAUUAUCUAGAACCAUUGUGUGAUGGUGAAAUUGCAUUCGACAUGUGUCUUUCAUUAUACACAAAUGCAUCCGGGCUUUGAACUGCUUCGUUGUGUAUUGGUCUGUUGAAUCACGUGCUAUCUACGGCUAGUUCACUAAUGUUAAGAAGAGAUCAUGAUAACGGCAGUGUUUCUCUCCCUAGUUGUUCUGUAGGCCACUUGGUCAAAAUUGCAUUGAACUAAAAGUGAAGCUUAUUUAACACAUGAUUCUUAUGAGACCUGUAUGUAUAGCUGCAAGAAGAUAGUAUGUGUGUGUGUGUGUUCUUGUUCUCUAUGUGACAGGAUGAAACGGCUACACAGGAUUCAAUAGUCAUCAUAUAAGGAAUCAAAAUUACCAAAAGGAGUAGACUCUCUCCGUAUCUUUGGUCUGUACUAGAUAAAUAUUUUUGAUAAGAGAAUGUAUUUGGAUGUAAUUUGGAGCUUUAGAGGAAGAAAGAAAGGGAAGCAGGAACACGUGGGAGAACAUCCCAAAGAGGAAGCACACGCGGAUCUUCAUGCAAACUGGAUUCUCUUCACCCAUGUGGUCCCUUCCUCUCUUUGUCCCCUCUUUCUCCUUUUACUCUUUUUAGUUUUUACCAUACAACGAAUCUUUAUCAUAAAGGGACAAUAAUAAGGUUGUUUUUUAUUUCCCUUUCUUUAUUUUUAUAUAUUUCAAACACCUUCUCGGUUUGUUUCCAGCCUCACUUAUUAUUAUUUUUAUUUA